CCAAAACAAGCUGCGUGCGCGCGCCGACACAGCGAAAGAAGAGUUGGGAGCAAAGGAAAAGUCUGCAGGAGAAAACGAAUGGGUCAGGCCACACCAAUUUAAGCAAACACCGGAGACACAGCUGGGGCGUCAGGCCUACUGUUAGAGGCGUUUGACGAUGGACCCCAACAGUGAGACCAAGAAGAUGACCAUCUACCUCCCCUGUAACCCCUCCUCUGAGACCCAGAAGCUGGCCCCACCCAGAGGCCCAGGCUGCAGCUGGCUGGUGGUGGUAGCGGCUGUAGCGGCCUCGCUGAGCGGCCUUAUGCUGGGCUACGAAAUGGGCCUGACCUCUGGAGUCCUGCUGCAGCUGCGGGACCUCCUGUCCCUCUCCUGCAGGGAACAGGAACUGCUGGUCAGCUCCCACCUGCUCGGCGCUCUCCUGAUGUGCCUGGCCGGAGGUCCCAUUCUGGAUCGCUACGGCCGCCGCUGCUCUUUGCUCCUUAGUGCUGGCCUGGUGGUCGGAGGGAGUGUCGUGCUCAUCGCCGUCACCUCACUUGUUGCACUCACACUGGGCCGGGUCAUAGUUGGCAUGGGAACGGCGCUGUCAGGGACAGGAGCGUGUCUGUACAUUGCGGAGAUCUCACCGAGGGAGAGGAGGGGUCUGCUGGUGACGCUGUACGAGCUGAUGUUGGUUGUGGGUGUAAUGCUGGGAUUCAGCUGCAGUUAUGCCUUUGCUACUCUGCCCCACGGCUGGGCGUAUACAUUUGGACUAGUAAUCCCCCCUGCGCUGCUGCAGAUCAGUGUACUCUUGUUUCUCCCACCCAGCCCACGCUUCCUUGUUGCCAGGGGUAAAGUGGAACAGGCCAGGAUAGUGCUGACCAAAAUGAGAGGUGGGAUUCAGGAGCACGUGGAAUUGGAGCUCAGAGACAUCCAGACAGGACUUAAAGAGGAAUCAGAGCAUAGUUUCUGGGAGUUGUUCAGUGCCAAGGCCAACUUACGGUCACGGCUGCUAACAGGCGUUGCCCUAGUCUUCCUUCAGCAGGUUACCGGUCAGCCCAACAUCCUCUCCUAUGCUUCACCACUUCUCCGCAGUGUAGGCUUCAACAGUGACUCCGCAGCAACCUUGGCCUCCACGGGGUUCGGAGUAGUCAAAGUAAUUGGCACCAUUCCGGCCGUGUUGCUGGUCGACCGCGUGGGACCCAAGAGCUUUUUGUGUGUGGGCGCCGUCGCAAUGGGAAUGUCGUUAGCAGCACUUGGUAUACUGACACUGCAAAGCCACACUCACCUCACCAGCCUGUGUAGAAGCCAGACUAUAAUAAACCACACAGAUACGCCGUGGGAUGUAAACACAACCAUCACAGACUUGGACAGUGACAUUUUUACUACUCACCUCCCCAGCCGAUGGAACAGUGAGGAGGAUGGGAAAGAGGAGCAGGGAGGAGGAGAGACUAAUGUAGAAGUGUCUUCCUCACUGAAGUUGGCAUCACUGAUCAGCUUGCUGGUGUAUGUGGCAGCCUUCUCCAUUAGCCUCGGACCAAUGGUGUACGUGGUUCUCAGUGAGAUCUUUCCAAUGGGAGUCAGAGGCAGGGCCGUGUCCGUGGUGUCAGCUGUAAACUGGGCCACAAACCUGCUUAUCUCAGUAACCUUCCUCACAUUUACAGAAAAGAUUGGUGUUCCCAACGUGAUGUUCCUCUACUCUGCCAUGAGCUUUGUUCUCUUGGUGUUUGUCAUCCUCUGUAUCCCUGAGACCAAAGGUCGCACGCUAGAGGAGAUAUCUAAAGAACUGGCGAAGAAGAAGCCUUUUGAGGUGAGGCUCUAUAGACAGGUUCAGCCUCAGGAGAGCCUGAUCAGCAGCAUGUCCGCAGAGAGUCCAGCAAACGUCUGACCCUUUUAACAGACCACAACUGUACACCUCAGCUGAAGGAGCAGGAACGAGCACAAUAAAUUAGCAAUUAAGAAUUUUGGGUACAACUUCUACAUCUCACCCACAUGUGUACAUCCCUGCAGAUCCAGCUGAUUCCUAUAAUACUGUCUCUGUCAUAUAGUUGGUUUUAGCUAUACACUGUAUGUGAAGGAUGAAAACAACAGGAAAGGUCAAGUAUUAAAAAAUGGAGAGGUAUUUGUGAUUUUGCCCAAAUUGGGAUAGUUCAGGGUUUGCUCUUGCUGGUUAAAGGGAAGUAAAGAAAGGUCAACAAUGGGGAUUGAAAAUGUGAUUAUAUAAAAAAUAUAUAUUUAUUUAAUUCCUUGCUUCUUUACCCCUUCUAUAUUUAAGAAUACAACUAAAGCAGAAAGGAACAUGUUCUCUUAACUCCAGUAUAAAAUUGACUCCCCACCAGCCAGUAAAACCAAUGACGCCCCUUGAAUGACCACUACAUUCUUUUCCAUUUUGACCUGACAUUGUGAUGAACAUUUACAAAAAAUUCUGUCUUGGGUGAUCACGGGGAAAUCAACGAUGAACUAGAAAACAGAAAAAUCCACCUAAUCACUUCAAAUGUUUCAUUGUUUAAUGUAAACACUAAUACGGCUCAAACCAGACGCACCAGUCAUACCAGUUUUGGCACACUAUAAUCGACAUGGUGACAAAAACUAUGGACGGUCACAGUUGUCUCCUCCUUUGCAUUUUAUGGGAACAAGCCAACAAGAAAAUGAUACUGAAUCAACAUUCAGCUGCAGUGUGCUUGAUUGCUGAAUCCUCAAAAACAAGCAAUGAAGCAAAAAAGCUCAACUCGAGGUCUACUGGUAAUGUUGGGUAGAUAAUAUAACAAAUAGUAAUGUUGUAGUGUAAGAAGAAGUAUGAAAAGUGAUGUUUGUUUUUUUUUUUUACUUAUGUCAGUAAUGCCAAAAUUAUACUUAGUUGAUUAAUAAGUGGGAUGUUUUACUGCAAGAAAGAAUGGGUUAUGUGGACCUGUUCACAAUUAAAAUUGCGCAUUAAUUUCUAAAUCUGUACUUAAAUACAUAUCCUUAUCUUUUUUGUCAAGUUAGAAAAUUUAGAAAUAAAUUUGAAAAAGUCGCACUAAAAGUCUUGAGAACCAUUUUAUGGGCUAUUCCAUAGAAACUGCUCCACUCCACCUGUAAUCAAGACCUGCACAUACGAAAAUGAAGGACACAAUGAAAAUGAGAGUGAGACACACAUUAAACAGUAGUCCUGUGGUGGCCUUGUUUACCAUUAACCUUUAUUUUUAUACAAAAUACAAAAUUCUGAACAAGCGUCACAAAUCUUCAGUUGACACUGAUUCAAAAAAUCCAACAACUUGAGACAACGCGCCUACGUUUUCGCCAAAAUUUUUUCAUCAGAUGCCUUUAUUAUAUACAUACGUAUACCACAUUGCCUCUCACUAGGUUUUCAGUUCACACUUAAAAACUUUACCUCUCACCAUUGUUUUUUGUUAUUUAAGAGAACGGUAUUCUAUGUUUGUUAUUCGGACAAUUCAGGUACUGGCUACUGUUGUAAGCAUGGCCUCUCUGAACACUGUUCAUGGUCUUGUGUUGCUUCAAAAUCUCACAUGGAUGUAUUGCCAAACCUCUUGCUGGCUGACAGUACUAAGCUGACUGCCAGACAACGUUGCACUGCUGUAACUUAGUGGCUGCUUUUGUAAUUAUUUAGUUAUUUACUUACAAUUACAAUCUACUUUCUCCAUGA